AUGGAUCGCAUCAGCGACCUCCACGACGCCCUCCUCCACAACAUCCUGCUGCGCCUCCGCUCGGCCCCCGCCGCCGCGCGCACCAGCGUGCUCUCCCGUCGCUGGCGCCACGUCUGGGUCCACCUCCCCGAGCUCGUCCUCCACGGCCGUCACGCGCCGGCGCCAAAGACCUCGUUCCUGAACUCAGUCGACGCUGCCCUCGCCGCGCACUCCGCCCCAGCCGUCCUCAACCUCGAAAUCGACGUACCCUUCCCAUGCUGCUGCCUCUGCCGCGCCAACCGCAUCGCUCCCUGGUUGCGUUUCGCCUCGCAGCGCCUCCAGGGCAAGAUCUUUCUCGGUUUGCCUCGAUGCAUCCACAUGCCCUCCCAGCCGGGAGUUUGCCCAGAAGAGCUUGAGCUACCCCCGUGUGACGGAGCGACGGGCAUGGAGCUGUCCCUGCCGGAAAGCUUCAUCCUCCGGUUCGGGCUAGCAGGUUCGUUCGCGGCUCUGACUGACCUGACGAUACACUCGGCCUCCAUGGAAGCCAGGGAUCUGGAGGCCCUCGUAUCCUCUCAGUGCCCGCGUCUGACGACGCUUGUCCUGUUCAACGUCGCACUGGUCACCGUCUCUGGCGUCUUCAUACGAUUACGGUCUCCCUCGCUAGAGCGCCUCUGGUUCUACGUUAAUAACGAGAAGAGCCACCACCUCGAGGUCGCCGCCCCUGAGCUCCGACUGUUGUCUGCGCCCGUCGUCGACGCUCGUAUCAGUGCCCCGAAACUUUGCCAUGUUAUUUGGUUCAGCGAUGAUGCCUACGACCCGCAACGGUACCAAUUUAUAGAUGCUGGCCGUCAUCUCCGGCAGCUAGACAUCCGGCGAUGGUCUAGAAAUACACUAGCCUCGCUGAAGCGGCGGUUCGAUUCGGUUGAAAUUCUUGGACUGUCCUGGUCCAGUCUUGAGGUGCGCCUGUAA